AUGCAGACAUCCUCUCCAGUCAAGAUGCCAGACGACAAUGCUAUGGAGGGAGCUGAAACUCAACAUGAAGGUGGCAAUGUGGAGAAUCCGCCGACGGGUGAGGAGGUGAUUCCCCAGUCACGUGGCUCCGACUACAACACCGCUCGAGAUACGGCCGAUACGAGUACUACUACUGCCAACAACGAAGUCGAUGAAGCAACUGAGACGAACGGAAACGACACAAGCAAUGGUUCUGGCGACAAUAGCUCGGGUAAGAAGGAUACGGAAGGACAUAGUGAUGACAACGAAGCUCAGAAUGGAGAAGGAUCUGAUAAGCAUGGACAGGAGGAUACGCAGGAGGAAGAAGGCAAUGAUGAACAGAAUGGCAAACAGAAUGAUGACCAUAAGUCUGAUCACAACUCGGAAUCCACCAACUCCGAGUCUGAGUCUGACUCAGACUCCGGCUCCGAUUCUGAGUCCGAUUCUGACUCUGAUACUGAAGAAGCUGAACCACGACUCAAGUACUCUCGUUUGGCAGGUCUUCCCAAAACUAUCUUUACGCGCGACCCCGUGUCUGCCACGUUGGUCAACGAUAAUAUUGUGAUUAUCGCCACCCACUCGGGUCUCAUCCAUCUGUUCAGACCCAACAUUGAGUUGAUCCGCAGCUUCAAGGCCCACUCGGCAAGUAUCAUGUCUCUGAGCACAGACGGCACGUACUUUGCCUCGGCGUCCCUAGAUGGCCGCGUAGUCAUCGGCAGCAUUUCAGAUCCCCAAGACAUUGCUGCAUCCGACUUCAAACGACCAGUUCAUGCUGUAGCCCUAGACCCAAACUACGCCUCAUCAAAGACAUUUGUGUCUGGUGGAACCGCCGGAAACGUGGUCUUAUCGGAAAAGGGAUGGCUGCAGGCUCGAAGCGACACCAAUAUUUGCACCAGCGACUCGACAAUCGUGCUGCUGAGGUGGAUUGGCGACGUAGUGCUGUGGAUCAACGACGACGGAAUCACGAUAUGGAACCACGUGACUAAACAACAGGUUCUUCAGGUGCCCAAACCUGACAACAUUUCGCGGGCCGAUCUGUACCAUCCCCGCAUGCAUCUCAGUGAUGGACACGAUCGAAUCUACCUCGCUUGGGCAGACCACAUUUGGAUUCUGGAGGUGACGCAGGAGAAGAAGGAACGCGGUAAGAGACUCAAGAAGGAGCCUGUCAACGACGGCAUGUCAAUAUUCUCGCGCCGAAUCCUUUCAACCUCUGCGUCUUCCACGAAAUCACCCCAGCCAGAAACAACAGUUGCUGUGGUGACCAAGUUCAGAGUCGAUUCUCUCCUGUGUGGCAUUUCGACCUUUGGAGCCGACAUGCUCAUGUUGCUGUGUUACACCAAAGGAGAGCGACGGGCCCAGAGACCCGAGUUGCGGCUCAUUGAUGCUGCUUCAGGUGAAGAAGUGUCUUCUGAUGAGCUGCCUCUCAACGGCUUUGAAUCUUUGGGUCCCAAUGACUACCAGCUGCAGACCCACGCACCUGUGCAGAAAGAUGCCAAAGCACAGUACUACAUUAUCAGUGCGCACGACGGAGUAGUUGCUCGUGAGCGAGAUCUCACCGAUCACGUGCAAUGGCUUGUUGAGCACGAAAAGUACGAGUCUGCCUGGGUCACGUGUGAGUCCAUCUACGGUACUGUGGAGCGAAAGAAUCUCGGCAUUGAAUGGGUUGAGUCUCACGUAAGAGAUGAACUUUGGCGAGAAGCUGGAGCGGCUCUUUCUCUUGUUCUGACUGCAUUUCUGGGUACAAUUGACCCUCAGGAUACUUACAAACACACAAUUUGGUCGGAGGACUGGGCAAACUGGGCUUUCAUCUUUGGAAAGUCAAACAACUACGAGCUUUUGGCAAACUAUCUCCCUGACCAGCUUCAGUCUUCGGUCUACGACGAGUACCUGCGUCAUUAUCUACGCGAUGAUGCUGAAAAGUUUGGUUUCUACAUGAAAAAGUGGCAGGGUCUGUUCGGCGAAGGAAUCGAGCAGUCUCUUGUUGAAGAGAUUGAUUCCUCUGAAGAUGACAAGAAGACCAGUGCGCUGAAGCUGGCUCUUGCUGAGCUCAACAUUGCCGACGGAAAGUAUAAGCCUGCUCUGGCGCUAUUGCUGGAGUUGCGAGAUGAACGGUGUCUUGAUCUAAUUGAAGCUCAUCAUCUCCUGAGCGAUAUUUCACCCAAGGAUAUCCCCAGCCUGCUGACCAUUGGAGCUGGUAAAGACACAGCAUCUACUCUUGCUGCCCUUGACAAAGCAUCUGCUGAGGAGAUUCAGACGACUCUGAAACGCACCACUGAGCUGCUCGUGGAAGGUUACCAUGAGUUGCCUCCCAAAACUGUUCUUUCUUCUCUCCCUGAGUCUUCUCCCCUGGCAUACGUGUACCUGCACUCUCUGAACCAAGUAGAUUCGUUUGCUGCUCGUGACUAUGGUAACCAGCUCAUGGCUCUGUAUGCGAAGUACGACCAUGUGGCUCUUUCUGCCUUCCUCAAGUCCAACAAUAACUACGACAUUGGUUCUGCCGUUGACCUGUGUCGCGCAGACAAGAGUCUGACUCCGGACUUGGUAUACUUGCUUGGAAAGGUUGGCCGCAACAUGGAGGCCUUGCGGCUGAUUAUUGACGAGCUGCAGGACCCUUACCAGGCCAUUUCCUUUUCUCUUAAGCAGAAGGAUUCCGAGCUGUGGAACUUCCUGGUCGACUACUCCAUCGACAAGCCCUUGUUUCUCAAGGCGCUUUUGGAGAACAUCGCCAUGGCACAGACUCCCACAUACAAGCUCAUUGAGCGGAUCCCCCCUAACCUCGAGAUCCCUGGACUCAAGGGCUGUCUUCUGAACAUUUUCACCGAGAACGAGCUGCAGCUGUCUGUGACUAAAGGAGCUCAUGAGAUCAUCACCAAUGAGUGUCAUCGAGAAACAGACGCUCUUGGUCGGUUGAGAAUGGGCGGAGUGGCGUUUGAUGGAGUAGGUAUGGACGAGUUUGCUGUAAAAAGUCUUGACGGGAAAACUGUGGAGGUGGAUAGCUUGCCUUCUUGGCAGGCGCAUGAUGGGUCUUUCGCAUCCAAGCUGGCACAUGUUUCGUUUCUCCAACAGCAGUCAGGCAGGUAA